AUGGAAUCGCAUGCCAAGGAACACAAUGCGUGCAAAGAGGAGGCUUCUGAUCCGCAAGUCUUAGAUUUGUCGAUUAAGGUAGAAGAGGUGCGUCUUGAAUGUUCUCGAUGUAAAAUGACAUUUUCCUGCAGUAGAUUGCUUCGCGAACAUUUAUUUUCAGUGCAUAAAUUGCCUGAACCUCAUAGGUGUGAUGAAUGUGGAGCAUAUUUUGCCUCCAAAUGGUCCUUGAAUGGACACAUCCGGAACUUGCACCCAAAGCAGCCAACUACUCGAUGUGAUCAAAGUGCCGAAAUGAAUCCAGACAAACCUUCUUUGCAGUCCCACAAGAGAGGUUCGGAUGACAAAAUGAAAAAGUACCAAUGCCCAAGUUGCACAAAAUCCUUUGCAAAUAAGUCAAAUUUAACUGCCCACGUUGAUCAAAUUCAUUUACAGAAGAAGCAUAAAUGUGGCAUAUGUGGCAGACAUUAUACCAGCAAAGCAUAUUUGAAAAAGCAUAUCAAGGAAGUCCACUCAGAUCGAAAAAUAUUUCAUUGUCCACAAUGCGAAAAGUUCUUUUCCAGUCGACGUACUAGGAAUAAGCAUUAUCUAGCCGCACAUGAAAAAAGUAACCGUAUACCUGUACUUUUUGUUCUCGGCGAUUUGCCACAAAAGCUGAUUGCAAUAACCAUAUGCGUAUUGUACAUAAGACCUCAAACUCGCCCAAAUAUGCCAGAAUACAAGGUUUUAAAUCAACAAAUUCUUUUGAUUUAUUUCAACUUCUUUUCGUGUAAGACCAUAUUGGAAAAGAUCACUGUAUCUAUGGCUGACUCGUUUUUAAACUUUGGUCUAGUGGUGAAAACCACCAGGGUUUGUCUAGAUUGUCACAAAUUAGCAAAUACUGAUCACUUCAGAGUCUACUCAGAGUCGAGACAUUGA